AUCUCAAACAUCGCCGACAACCUCCACUCUAUAAGUCGAAUUCUUCCUUAUAAUACGAGCAAAAGCGAAGAAGAACGCUGGAAUACCUGGUUCCCUGAAGAACUCGUGCACGGGUUCACUGCGUGAUGGUCUAAAACCCGAAAAUCCAAGGACGGUCACAGUGGUGCCCCGCCGUCUUCACCAUGGACGCACCACCAGUCAAGCUCUCGGAGCUUCUCCGACACCCAGAUGAUCUCGAUAAGAUCCCGGCGCUGAAGCUGGAAUUCACGCGCAAAAAGGCCGCUGUCGACUCACAAUUACGAGGAGGUUUACGCGACCAAUUAGAAACGACCCAGGCCGGCAUGAACGGCAUUACCGACGGCCAGAAGACGUUACAAGCGAUCCGAGACGAAAUGAUGAAAAUCGAUACCCUCUGUUCCGAAUCACAAAAUAUGAUAAAGGACUUUGCCAGUAUAAAUCUGGUGUCGCAAGCACAUAGGAAUUUCGGUGCUGUUGAAACCAUGGUGGAAAAUCUCCAGACAUUUAAUGAUCGCCUUAAUAGGGUCGAGAAUAUGUUACGAGAAGAUGAAGAGGACAAGGAAAACAUGCCGAAUCUCCUAAGAGCACAUUACGAAUUAACCCAAUUACGAAAUAUCCGAGACGAUGCGAUGGAACAAAUACAACGGUCCGAAGAACAAAGCUUACAAUCCACAUUAGAAGACUACUUCUCGAGGUUAGACGAGGCAAUCGAUUGGUUCGAUGAACAUGUCGGCCUUGUCGCACUUAACAUGAUCAAUCUAUUGAUAGCGGAUAACAAUAGCUUAGUCGUCCGUCUAGCUAUUAUCGUUGAGGCUGAAGAGAAGAGCGAUCAAAGGGUUGAAGCGCUACAGGAAGCAUUAAAAGAUCAUAAGGAAAUGGCUACUAGGUUCCAAAGCAUUACAGAUGGUGCCAAGAAAGUAAGAGGGUAUAAAGAAAAAUUCUUGAAGGCUAUUGCCGUCAAUUGCGAGGGUCAAUUCGCCGAAGUGCGAGAAGAAUUCCUCGCAGAUCCUACAAAACUGGAUAAGAUAAUGAAGUGGUAUUUCAAUGACCUAAACGCCGUUAAACAAGGAAUGGUACCCUUAAUGCCCAAAAAAUGGAAGAUCCUUAAGACAUUUGGAGAUAUAUAUCACCAACUAAUGCACGACUUCCUGACUGGCAUGAUAGACGACCCUGAAUCCAGCUCGGCGAAUACACUCGAAAUCAUCAAUUGGCCAGAAAAAUAUUAUAAGAAGAUGAGGAAGCUUGGCUUUGCGGAAAGUGAACUCAAGCCUCACAUUAUCGACAACCGAGAACAAGAAUUGGUUAAGGACUUCCGCCAGCUUAUUAUCAAGUUCCUCGACGAAUGGAUCGAGAGAAUUUUCGCGCAAGAAAGACGCGAUUUUGCGGACCGCAAUGUGGAGGGCUCGAAUUUAGAUACGGACGAAUAUGGUUACUUCCGUACUAAAAAUUUGGUUGAUAUGUGGCGCAUGUUGCGAGAACAAGUUGAUGCUGCUGGAAAUUCACAGAGAACUGAUGUGGCCGAGGGUGUUAUUGACGCUAUGUUCCUCCGGCUACGCGGAAGGCAGCAGUCCUUCCAAAAGAUGCUCGAAGAAGAAGCAGCAAGAUAUGAAGCGGAUAAAGUACCUGAGCUCGAGGGCUUCCAAGCUUUACAAGAUUGGCUCAUCGCGACCGCGAACGACCAAAUGGCUUGCAUCGACGAUAACGAAGACGAAAGUCGAUUCGCAUACCUUUCUAGUUUCAAACAGAAAUUCGAACCUGUGGUAACGCCACAAUACAUGGAACGUGCCGAAAACGAAACCAGCUUACUCCGUGAAAGUUACAUCGACUUUAGUACAUGGUGUCUAAGCAAAUUUGCGAAGCUCGUCAUAGCCGUGGACUUCGGGUCCGUAAUGCCAACCUUCUUCACACCGAAAUGGUAUGAAACAACGGCAAUGAAGCAGAUGAUCAUCACAAUCGAAGAAUAUGUUGGUGACUACCAACAAGUGCUACAUCAUUCACUCGUCGAUGUCUUCAUCCAAAUUCUAGCAGACGAAUUACUGGUUCAAUAUCUCUCGAGCGUACGCAACAAGGGUGCCAAGUUUCGCCGUACAGACCCGUUCCGCGACAAGAUCUUCAAUGAUGUGUCCACGGCUUUCGAGUACUUCCGCAACCUGCCUAACCCCGACUUGAGUAGCGAUAUUACUCAGAGCUGGCGUGUUACCCAGAAGUUCGAGGACCUACUGACUGCUGGCAAAGACGAGGUGCCUGAUGUGUUCCAGCAGUUUAAGGCGGAGUAUUGGGAUCUUCAGAUCACGUGGGUUGAAGCUGUACUUAGGUCCCGCGAUGACUUUGAGAGAGGCAUGUUGAAUGCAGUUAAAGCGCGCGCGGCGCAGAUGGAUGUCGUUCGCGGCCCGGAGACGUUCAUGGGGAGGGUGAAGUAAACAAUGUGUGAUACCUUGUAGUUGCAAGUUAGGUGUUGUAGUAAUAAAACUCACUGGGUCUUACCUAAUAUCUGAGUAUGUUAUUAUGAAGCGCUCUACUCUAGAGCAGUCUAUCUAGGAAGGGAGCGUCCACCAAUACUUUAUUCGCAUGAUUGUUUCAACCCAUAUGUCUAUCAUCUAUA